AUGACCCCCCAGGAGCCUACAGGGUGUCUGCUGCGGUGAGAGCUCUGUCCUUCCAGAGACACAUCAGUGGAUCUGAGUCUGUAACCACUAUCACCCCCCAUUUAACCCCCCACCACACUGCUUCCUGUAUCCGGGGCCAUCACCGGGGAGCACCAUGUCCACCAGAACUCCUCUGCCCACCGUCAACGAGCGGGACACGGAAAAUCAUACGUCUCAUGGAGAUGGACGACAAGAGGUCCCUACCCGUCCCAGCCGUUCUGGAGCACGAAACCGGAAUUCCAUCGCCUCCUGCGCGGACGAGCAGCCUCACAUCGGGAACUACAGGCUGCUUAAAACCAUCGGCAAAGGCAACUUUGCUAAAGUGAAACUGGCUCGGCACAUCCUCACCGGCAGAGAGGUGGCAAUAAAAAUAAUCGAUAAAACACAGUUAAAUCCAACUAGUCUGCAAAAGCUAUUCAGGGAAGUACGAAUAAUGAAGAUUUUAAAUCAUCCUAAUAUAGUUAAAUUAUUUGAAGUUAUUGAAACUGAAAAAACACUCUACUUGAUAAUGGAAUAUGCAAGUGGCGGGGAAGUGUUUGACUAUUUGGUUGCACACGGAAGAAUGAAGGAAAAGGAAGCAAGAGCCAAAUUCCGGCAGAUUGUGUCUGCUGUGCAGUACUGUCAUCAAAAACACAUUGUUCAUAGGGAUCUUAAGGCAGAAAACCUCUUACUGGAUGCAGAUAUGAACAUUAAAAUAGCGGACUUUGGGUUUAGUAACGAGUUUACUGUUGGCAACAAACUGGACACUUUUUGCGGGAGCCCACCUUAUGCAGCUCCAGAGCUCUUCCAGGGGAAGAAGUACGACGGGCCUGAGGUGGACGUCUGGAGCUUAGGAGUUAUUCUUUACACUCUGGUCAGCGGAUCUUUACCCUUUGAUGGACAAAAUUUAAAGGAAUUAAGGGAAAGAGUACUACGGGGGAAGUACCGAAUUCCCUUCUACAUGUCCACAGACUGUGAAAACCUUCUCAAACGGUUUCUGGUGCUAAACCCAUCCAAAAGAGGCACUCUAGAGCAAAUAAUGAAGGACAGAUGGAUCAAUGCAGGACAUGAAGAGGACGAGCUGAAACCAUUUGUUGAGCCAGAGCUUGAUAUUGCAGACCAGAAACGAAUAGACAUAAUGAUAGGAAUGGGAUAUUCAAGGGAGGAAAUUCAGGAAUCCCUCAGCAAGAUGAAAUAUGAUGAAAUAACGGCUACCUACCUGUUACUUGGAAGAAAAUCCUCUGAGUUGGAUGCCAGUGACUCCAGCUCUAGUAGUAACUUGUCACUGGCUAAAGUAAGACCCAGCAGCGAUCUCAAUAACAGCACUGGACAAUCCCCUCACCACAAGGUGCAGAGAAGUAUCUCCUCCAGCCAGAAACAGAGACGGUACAGUGACCACGCUGGCCCCGCCAUCCCUGCAGUUACAGUUUACCCGAAACGAAGCCAGACGAGCACCACGGAUAACGAUCUUAAAGAAGAGACGGUACAGUCUCGGAAGUCAAGUAGUAGCGCAGUCAGUGGGAGGGGAGUGACCCCUCCUAGUCCGAUGCUUGGAAACGCGAACAAUCCUAAUAAAGCGGAUAUCCCUGACAGAAAGAAGAGCUCGGUUGUCCCCAGUAGUAAUUCUACAUCCGGGGGAAUGACCCGUCGGAAUACUUAUGUUUGCAGCGAGCGUGCUUCAACCGACCGACACUCUGUUAUCCAAAACGGCAAGGAGAACAGUCCUGCCUCAGUAUGCGCCAUAUCCUCCAUCUUUGCUCGGCUGCGGCAUCCGAAAUCUAUGUCCAUGUCAGCCUCCAGGCAUUCGGAGAUGUUACCGCCAAUUGCCAGUGAAGCAGAUAACUUCGAGCCUGUCACAAUGCCUGAUCAGAGGACAUCAGUCGCAUCAACGCACAGCAUAACAAGCACCACUACUCCAGACCGCAUGCGAUUCCCCAGAGGAACCGCCAGCCGAAGCACUUUCCAUGGCCAGCUCCGCGAGCGGCGCACUGCUACCUACAACGGACCACCCGCCUCGCCCAGUUUAUCCCACGAAGCCACACCUCUGUCACAGACUCGAAGUAGAGGCUCCACCAAUCUAUUUAGUAAAUUAACUUCAAAAUUAACAAGAAGAAACAUGUCAUUCAGAUUUAUAAAAAGGCUCCCAUCUGAAACUGAGAGAAACGGGAGGUAUGAGGGCUCAAGUCGUAACGUGUCAGGGGACCAGAAAGACGAGAACAAAGACUCCAAGCCACGGUCUCUGCGUUUUACGUGGAGCAUGAAAACCACCAGUUCCAUGGAUCCCAACGACAUGAUGCGCGAGAUCCGCAAGGUUCUAGAUGCCAACAACUGCGACUACGAACAGCGAGAGCGCUUCUUGCUUUUCUGCGUCCACGGGGACGGCCAUGCCGAAAAUCUCGUCCAGUGGGAGAUGGAAGUGUGCAAGUUGCCGAGACUGUCUCUGAAUGGUGUCCGCUUCAAGCGGAUAUCUGGAACCUCCAUAGCUUUCAAAAACAUUGCUUCCAAAAUUGCCAAUGAGUUAAAACUGUAAAAAGACAAAAAGAAACCUAACUAGGCAGGAAGGUGAACAAUCAUUGUAAAAUACGUAGCAAUUUGAGGUGUUUUUUUCCCUGAGAACACUGGUUUAAUGUAUAGAAUUAUUUAGGCAAUAAUUCCUGCAUCUCCUGAAAUAACAAU